AUGGCGACGACAACGACUCACGACUAUCCGGAGCUGGAGAACAUCCCGCCCGCACCGCCUCGCUCUUCCCUCUCCGCGCCCGACUCAACAAGAUCGAGGUUGGUGCCAAAGUGGGCCGCCGCCAUCUUUUCGACAUUUCCGCUUCAUACAUAUCCUCCGGCCAAAGCCUACUCUCCAACUGCAUCCUCACCGCCUGUCGAGCCCACGCUGUAUGUGGCACCCCAUUUGAACCGAGAUGGUACACUGUCAUCGGUUCAUGAGGACGAUGAUCUCACCGCGGAUAUCGAUACAGACGAAAAACCCUUUGCUCACCAAGCGCCAGCGGGUUGGUCAAGCAGUGACCCCAUCGCGUUACGUUGGCAGAUAGAACUCCUGUUCCGCGGCGUUGAUUUCGAGGUGCGCUUCAUCGAUCCUUCGCACAACUGGGGCCCAGCCAAAUCCAUGCCUUUCCUCCACCUGCCCCCUCGCUUCCGCAGCGGCACACCAUCAUCGCUCCUGUCAGCUACCGAGAUUCCACACUUGAUCGACAACUUCUAUCCUGCUUCUCGCCCUGAGCUUGGGGAGAAGGACGCUGCGGUGUGGGACAAUGUCUCGACAAAGCUGGAGGCAAGGACUUGGGAGAGUCUGCUUCGAGGGCGAAUCAUGGCUGGCGUGUUGCUUGCAGUUCUUCUUUCUCCUCAGUCGGCGGUGUAUUCUCGAACGGAGUCACAGCCCUAUCUCUCCUCGCUUUUGUCAGCACAACUUCAAAAUUCGUUCUUCGAUCAGCAGUUGCGGCGCAUCUCGGCACUCAAUCCGUCCGCCUCGUCGUCAUCGGCCAAUCCGACUACAGUGCUUCCAGGCUGGGAGGUGGGUUUCCUUGGCUGGAUCGGAGCAACGACGGCUUCCGCUGCUUCCGCCUUGUCGACAGCCGAUCUGGACUCGCGCGGAGGCGGAGAUACUCCCGGAGCUGCUCUAGCGAAUCCAAGCGUGGAUCAGACCAAAGUGGUGGCAGAUGCAGUUGAUGGAUUGCGUGCUCUCGCUGCUCGAACAAAAUCUCAGUUGUCGGCGAGCUCUUCCGAGUUGCAAUUCCUUCUAGGCGCUCAGAAGCACACGUCGCUGGACGCUUUGGCAUUCAGCGUGAUCCACACUAUCCUGACGCUGGCAGCUACUCCUCAGGCUCAAGACAGCGCAACCAAUGAACCACUUCGCAAGCUCAAAGAGGUACUCGAUGACAGUCCGUGGCUCGUCACGUGGUCAAGGAAAGUAUGGAAGAAGUACGUAAAGGACUUGGAUCGUGCUUGA